AUGUUUUCAUUAAAAGAAAUCGUUUCAGCAUUUGCAACAAUAUUAUUUAUAACAAUAAUUUUUUCAUCAUUAAAAUAUUAUUACAAUUAUUUUACUCGUCCAAAUCCUUAUAAAGGGCCUUUUCCUUUACCAUUAUUAGGAAAUUUACAUCAACUCUUUUAUCAUCGUUUUAAUACUCCAUUAUGGUUUCACUCAUUACAUUUAAAAUAUGGUGAUGUGGUUGAAAUUUACAAUGGAUCUAAAAGACAAUUGAUCACUAACAAUCUACAAAUCAUUGAACAUGUCAUGAAGCCAGUGAGAAAUAGUAAUUACAUGUCACGUGUUCCACCUAAUGAAGGAAUAGAUGAAUUAGGAAAAAGCAACAAGGGAAUUGUUCUGAAUAGAGACAUUAACAAAUGGGCUGAUAAUAGAAAAAUAUUCAUUAGAGCUAUAAUGGCUCCAAAUGCAUUAAAGUUUUCAGCUAAUCUUGUAAAUUGUGUUUUUAAAGAUUUAGAAAUUUAUUGGGAUUCUUUAAUUGAUGAAAUGGGAGAAUCUAUUAUGAAUCAAGAAAUUCAUCAAAAAAAAGUAUUGGAAAUUGAUCUUGUGCCUUGGAUUAAAAGAAUUUUUGCUGAAAAUAUAAUGUUAUUAGCAACAAACAGAUCAUCUAAUACAUUAUUGAAUUAUUAUAAAACCAGUAAAAAAGAUUUCAAUAUAAUUAAAACUGCUGAGGAUGAAUAUAUUGAUAAUGUAAAACCUGGAGCAGAUUGUAUGAGAUAUUAUGUAACAAUUCCUUCAUAUAUACGUAAUUUGCCAUUGAUAAAGAUUUAUUCAAAUUAUUUAUUAAACAAAUUUUUAUCAAGAGAAAAAUAUAUUUACAAUUUAGUCAAAGAACGUAAGGAUAAAAUUGAAAAUAUUAGCGAUAAAGAAAACCUGACACCUGAUAUGUUGAAUAUGUUAUUAACUAUUAAUACUCCAAAAGAUAUUACUCAAGGCAUUGCAAAUGAUUUUAAUGAUGAACCAAUGACUGAUGAAGAAAUUAAUAAUGUUCUUAAUGAAACAUUUGGUGGAGGAAUUGUUACUUCAUCUGCAGUUUUAUCAUGUCUUAUAUAUUAUGUAUCUAGUUAUCCUGAAGUUGAACAAAUUAUUCUUAAAGAAAUUAAAAAAGUAUUUGGAGAUAAAUCUAAUUUAGAUUAUGAAGAUUUAAAAAAAUUUGAAUAUAUUGAAGCUGUAAUAAAAGAAGUUUUACGUAUUAACCCCCUUGGAACAGUAAUUGAUCGUGAGUCAGCAAAUUUUGAUCAAAUAGGUGAUUACAAAAUUCCAGGUUCAACUCGACUAACAAUAAAUGUUCAAAGUUUACACAUGAAUCCAAAUUAUUGGAAUGAGCCAACUAAAUUUAAUCCUUCAAGAUUCUUAAAUAAAAAUCAUGACAAUAAUAGUGGAAUAGAUGAUUCCUUUAUUAAAAAUACAUUUUUACAUUUUGGUGGUGGAUUACGUAUAUGCCCAGGAAGACAUCUGGCAAUAAAUCAAAUUAAAUUAUUGGUUGUUUUAUUAUACAAAAAAUAUAAAUUUGAAAUGGUGAGUGAUAAACCUAUGCGCCUGCAACCCUUUGAUGGUACUAGAUGUGUUGAAUUGAAGGUUAAAUUAACUCACAGAAAUUAA